ACACAUUUAUUGUAACACAGAUAGGAACUCAAUGAUAGCAAUGGAGAUUUCAAGCUUGGGGUUUUCGGACUGAAAACAAACAGGAAGCGACGGAAUGCAGAGAGAUUAAGUUUGUAAAAACAUAGUACCAGUCUUUCAAAUGGGGCAAAAUACGACUGUAAACACAGACUAUGUGUAACAGUUUAACAAGUGACUGCGUAUUUGGAAUGACAAACUAUCUCCGGGUUUUAACACACAUGUAGCUAGCUAGCGUUAGGUUCGUUCCACUUCCGUGUACAGUGCAUUUUCCUCCCAUCGACCUACUCUUAACUUUUGAACAGGACAUCUUAAUUGGCGUCCGUUAUAUUUUUUUCCCAAUCGGUUUUAAGGAGCUUGAGUGACGGACGUCGGCCCCACCCACUUUAGCAUGGACUGUGAAGACGCCCAAAAUGGGCGGGGGUUGUCAGGAGCGCACUGUUCUACUCUAGCCAAAAGUAUAAUAGGAGCAGAGGAUGAGGACUUUGAGAAUGAUCUGGGCCAGGCAGUGGAUGAUCAGUGCAGUCAUUUUAACAGUAUCGAACUGUUGAAAAGCAAACCCACCCACCUGCUGGUCUUCCUCCAUCACGUCAUCCUGCAGUUUGACUGUGCUCCUCUGUUGUGCUACCUGCAUGCUGACCUCUUCAGGAACUUCAGUGCCAAAGAGACCAAGAAACACUUUGUGGACUUCUAUAACAAUUUCUUGGACAAAGGAGCAAUUCUCAGAGUAGCAGUACCAUAUCUCAUAUCAUAUGAGUUAGACCGCACUCGUCCAGACCUCAUCAGUGAGGACCAGCAGAAGCGCUUUGCUCAGGAAAUACAGAAUAUGCAAACCUCGGAGGUCCUGCGGCAGCUUGAGGACUUCAGGCAGAAGAGGAUGAUGGGAAUGACCCCCAAUGAACUGGAGCUGGGUGAGGUGGAGAAUCACUAUCCAACAGACCGUGUUCCCAGAGAAAUGAAGGAGAAAGCAGUGGCUGAGAGACUUCUAGAGAAGUUGACUGAAACCAACCCUGCGAUCGUACCAGAUGAAGAUAAAUGUUCUGCCAUCUUUGGUGCAGUGACUUUCUACAUGAAGCAUCUGGGAGUUAAGAGCAGAGCACCAGACAGCAAGAAGGGCAAAGGAUUUUUCAGGAGGAAGGUUCAAAAGAAGGAAGAAAAGUCCAAGGUCCUCAGUAUCUUGAGGAUCGGAGGCAGCAAUGAGGUCAAAAUGAGAUUGGACAUUGAAGGUGAAAAGGAGAGGAAUAAUGAACGGAGGAAUGCUGGGAGCACCACAGGACAUCGUGGCUCCAAUGCGGAUGGAAGUGCACUACCCACCCAGGGUCGCAAAUCUGCCACAGAAACCAGUGAGAUGCCACACAGCAACAUUAUUGUUACCUCCAGCCCUGAAACUGCCCAGCCUGAGACAGGUCAGACCAGCAGUCGUUUGGACCACCAGCCUGUAUCAGAUGGCGGAGACGUAUCUCCUGUGUGCUCCAAUGUUGGCAUCUCUGUCUCGGAGCCUUCAUCUUUAAUCGACAUUCCUUUAGAAGAGAGCCAUGAAAAGGACAGACGGAAGACAAGGAGUGUGCGCCGCAGUGAGAGUCUGUGCGUGGAUCGCUGUCACGCUCGCCGUGUUGGCUCUGCUCGGGCUAAACAAUCUCGUUCCCGUAGUGACGUGGACCUUCAGUCAACUUCCACUUCCCAUCCCCCUUCACCUUUACCCCAACCCUCCAGCUUUGUGGAUGUGCCAGUGUUGCCAGCUGAUGGCUCUUUUAUAAGCAAUACCUCUGGCCCCUUAACUCAGCAAGAGGAAAUGGAGCCCCGGCUCCUGGAAUUAGAGCAGGACCCACCCAACUGGAGAGAGCUUGCUCCCAGCGAGGUUCUGAGUAAACUCACUAAGAAAGAGACUAAGAGACAGGAAGUCAUCAAUGAGUUGUAUGCAACAGAGCAUGCCCACGUGCGCAUGCUGAGUGUACUACAGACAGUGUUUUCCCGUCCACUGGAAAGAGAGGCAAUCAUGGAUACUACUGAACUGGACACCAUCUUCCCUAGUUUGGAUGAGAUUAUAGAGAUGCACUAUGCUUUCUAUGAAAAUCUGAAGAAGCUACGCCAAGAAGAUGAAUAUGUGGUUAAAAAUAUCAGCACUCCUCUGCUCAACAGAUUUAAUGGCUCAGAGGGUGAAUGGUUCCAGAAGCUCACAGCUCGUUUCUGUAGUCGUCAGUCAUGGACUCUGGUUCAAAUCAAGAACAGACAGAAGAAAGAUCCCCGCUUCAAUGCCUUCAUACUGGAGGCUGAGAGUAAGCCACAGUGCAGAAGGUUACAGCUGAAGGACAUCAUCCCCAUCGAGAUGCAGAGACUAACAAAGUACCCACUACUGUUGGAAAACAUUGCCAAGAGCACAGAAGAUGAUCUGGAGAAAGAAAAUAUCCAACAGGCUGCUGAGUGCUGUCGUAAGAUCCUAAACCAUGUCAAUGAGGAGGUGAAACACAUGGAGAAUCUUCUGACUUUAAAAGACUACCAGCGCAGGUUGGACACUUCAGGGCUGAAGCCCAGCAAUGAGCUCUACACAGAGUACAAGAGCUUUGACCUGACAUCAAGGUCUAUGAUUUACGAGGGGCCACUUACAUGGAGAGUGACUAAGGAAAAAGCUCUAGAUGUACAGGGUGUGUUGCUGGGAGACCUGUUGGUCCUUUUGCAGAAACAAGAUGAUAAAAUGCUGUUGAAAUGCCAAAGUAAGAGUAACAUUGCUGCCCAGGAGGGCAAACAAAUGCUCAGCCCCAUCAUAAAGCUGGAAUCGGCUUUCCUCCGAGAGGUGGCCACAGAUCGUAAGGCCUUCUACGUUAUCUUCACUUGGGAAAGUGGAGCACAGAUCUAUGAACUUGUGGCCCAGUCUGUUGCUGAACGGAAAAUAUGGACAGUUUCAAUAAAGUCAUCAGUAGAGGAGUUGAAAAAGAGUGGCGGUCCUAUGCUGGACAGGAAGAGGCAUGGCAGCGUGCCAAGUACCAGCUCUGCACUGCCAUAUAGUGUCUUAAUGAACCCCCCUCUCAGCCCUAUUGACAAUGGACCAGACGUACUGAAAAACUCUGCUGGUCAAUAUAAGGACAGCCUUAGGGAUGAAAAGUUCCGACACACUCAGUCCUCACUGAUGGACUGCUUAGCUGCCUGUGGAAUUGACCCACUGGGUUACAGCAAUGCCCCUCCAGAGCGGUCAGCCAUUUUGGCUUUGGAUGAAGUAAUGUCCUUGAAGACACUGUUAGGCGGAAGUGACUUUCUGUCCAAGAAUGCCCAGCCUGAUGUGGAGAGUGGAGCAGAGCCGGGGAAGCAGGAAAAUGAUGGAAGUCAAUCACAAGUGGAAGAGCACAGUACGGAGUCGCAGGAGGAUGGGCAGGAUGAAAAGGCAAAAGGAGAAGAGCAGAAAGCUGUAAUUGCUCCUCUAGUGCUUUCACAGGAGCAGCUGGAGGAGGUCAGCAGAAAACUGAAGAGUUUGGAAGAACAAGUGAAGAGACUACAGAAUGUGGAGGAGGAGUAUCACAGGCUACAAGAAACCCUUGCUAAGUUCACAAUUCAAAGAGGCAACUACAACUGAGGAUCACUCCAACCUGCUGGUCACCAGAUUGUCUGUAGCCCCAGCCUGAUGAUGUGGUGAAAGAGUCACUUACAGAAAGGAGAGAGAGAGAAAGACUGUGUGUGUGUGUGUGUGUGUGUGUGCAUGUGUGUUCAUGUUUAUUUUAUGCAGAACUCCUGGCCCAAAUGAAGAUGGUCAGGAUUACAAAAAUGUACUUAUGUAUGUGUCUUUGCCAUUUUGAAAGAACAGCUCUUGAGCGCACAUGAAACAAAGACGAAAGCUGAAAGUUGGAGAGAUGUGGUGAGGAAGGGGAUUGAUAUAGUGGAUUAAUCCCAAGUGAAACUGGGUUGACAUCUGCUGAUAUGUAUAUGCUUUUGAGUGUGAUAUGGAGUCUGGAAAUAUUUGUGUGGAUAUGGAGUUCGUCACUCUAAGCCACAGGUGUUGUUUAUAUCACAGUGCAGCAGUUACACAAGCAUCGUAGUUAUCGUCACACGGUCGCUGUAGAUAUAUUCUGUCUUUAGCAUGUCGGAGUGAGUGAGUGUGCGUGCAUGCGAGUCGCCUUGAUGAAUUCAAAUUCUUGACAUUCUGCUCUGUAGAAGAACUUAGCUGUGUUUUAAUGUCUAUGCAUAAUCGUAAGAGCAGAUACAAUGUAAUGAUUUUUUAAAAAUAAUUUAUAAAUAGUAGCCUCGCUAGCCUUCACAUGGAUUGGUUUCAGACCAAAGAGGACCUAAGCAGCACGUUUAUAGCAGUAAAUCUAAUGGUUAGAUCUGAUAAGAAUUAUUUAGCUUUUACUUAUAUAAGCAGAUGCAAGAUUAGCAUGGAGGACAAAAUUAAAAUGCACUUACAUCCCUUGCUUAUGUUCUAUGCAUAUAUAUAUAUAUAUAUAUAUAUAUAUAUAUAUAUAUAUAAAUCUCAUAAAUAAAUUAUGUAAGGAAGCAAACACAAAGCUGACACUGGAGACUCCUUCCAUAAAAGUUAAAUAAUGUCUCCUUAUUGAAACCACCCUAUCAACGAUUAUGUUUUCUUUGCUAAAUAUAAACAUUUUUUAUUUUUUAAUCCAUUUAUUAUAAGGCUUAACAUAUGUGAGCUCAUACCAUAAAGGUCAGUCUAAAGUAGCUGAUGUUAUUAAAAUAAUAAUCAACACCUUCUGACCAAUCAGAAUCGAGAAUUCAACAGCGCUGUUGCAUAAAUACAAAUAUAACAGCUAAUUGCAUAUUAACUGUUUAAGUAAUAAUGCUUUUAGUCUGGUCUGUGUAAGGAAUAACACACAUCAGACUGUGCUGUCAUACUUGGCGUAAUGCUCUGAAGUGGAUUAUUUUCGUAGCAAUGUCUGAAUUGUGUUAUUCCUCUUAUGCCACAGCAAUUUGCGAUUACAAUUUUCAAUUUAUUAACGAACAUCACGUUUUUAACUGGUAAUAAUUUAAUGUUAUGGAAUGGUUGUGAGAACAGUUAGUUCCUGUUAUUGAUUGUUAUAGUGGUUGUAAACAGUCAUUCCCUCACCAGCGUGCCUGUUUUUUUCUUUUUCUUUUUUAAAGUAAAUUAGACAAAAAAAAAUGUAUCUUGUCAUGUUACCUAGAAACCAGAAAGCACAAACUCCGCUGGUAAAGAAAUGUCUACUAACGAAACAAAAAAAACCUUCACGUGAAUGAUUAUACCUUCUUAUACACAUUUUAUUUCUGUCUGUUUAUUAUUCGGAUUAGUUAGAAGGUGUUGAGUAACUUUAUAGAGUACUGUAUAAUGUUAACACCUUCUGACCAAUCAGAAUCGAGAAUUCAACAGCGCUGUUGUAUAAAUCUAAAUAAAAUAGAAAAAAAAAAUAAUAAUAAUUGCAUAUUAUCUGUAAUAGUGCUAUCUUCGGCUGUAUAUUUUUUAACCUGCAGUUUACCGUAAAUGGACUUUGAAGGCUUUAAGUUUGUAAGUGUUGACCGAAACACUGAGUGUGUGAUUUCAUGAGAAGUUUUUCCAACAUCAGCAGUGGCCAUUUUCACUUACGUAUAUGUAUUUUUGUUGCUGUUGCUAGUGCUCCUUCACAAUUCAUAUUAUUAUUAGACAGUAAUUAUGCAACUAUCAAAUCCCAUAGGAAAAAUAUAUAGUGCCUAUCAUUAUUCUAUAGCAGUUGCACCAGGACCUCACAACGAAGUACUGAAUUGUACAAUGUUAGAAGGAUGAAAAAUGGACUUUGUUGUGGCUUGUGGCCAUACACAUGACGGUGUACUCAGAGAGAGAUAAUUAACCUUGCUUUCACUCUCACGCCAUAGUGUAUUUUUAUGAUGUUUAACUAGCUAAGGCACACAUCUGUAUUUUUUAAUGUACAAUGCUAUUUAUAACGCAGGGUGGAUUAUGCAAAGAAUCUAGUCUUUUAUUUCUUUGUUCUGGCUCAGUGGCUGUGUAGAGAACCUGGUGGCCCUCUUCCUCUUUCUCACCAUCAGUAGAUGAAAGGCAAAUAUGCUAAAGUUUCAGUUCCACAUCUAAAGGGUCUGGUGGCAGUUUAUUACUGUCUUUCACAUUGUGCACUGUUUUUUAAACUCAACUUAUGACUCCUCAUAUAUUGUGUUUCUUUUUCUAUGCUGAACCAAAUAUUCUUUUACCUACAGAGUUGUAAAAUGUAAGUUCAUGACCAUUUUUAGCACAGUAAACUUCUUAUUUUUUGGCUUUGCCUCCUCAGUGUAGUACUUUGUAUAUUUUAGGGUUAUUGUCACUCUGUCAUAGCUGCCCCUGAUUAAAGCAAGAACUAUUCUGUGUAUUUGUGCUUUUUAUCUUGUAAGAUACUUUGAAAGCAUUGAGGUACAUUUUAUUACUACUGUAAUUUUCCUGUUUUUUUUUUUUU